GAGGGGGGACACAGAGGGAGGAAGAAGCGGCGGCGGCGGCUCCUCUUUGCAGAGGGGGAAAACUCUGAAGGAUAGGAGCAGGAAUAAUGCGGUAGGAAAGGCGGGAUCCCGGCUCCGGCUCCGGCAGCAGCGGCGUUAGCCCGAGCAGCGGCAGCAGCAGCGGCAGCACCCACAGGCGCUGACAGCCCCGCCGGCCGGCUCCCUCGCUGACCGCCGACUGUCAAUGGAGCUGGAAAACAUCGUGGCCAACACGGUCUUGUUGAAAGCCAGGGAAGGAGGCGGAGGAAAACGCAAAGGGAAAAGCAAGAAGUGGAAGGAAAUCCUGAAGUUCCCCCACAUUAGCCAGUGUGAAGACCUCCGGAGGACCAUAGACAGAGAUUACUGCAGUUUAUGUGACAAGCAGCCAAUUGGGAGGUUGCUUUUCCGGCAGUUCUGUGAAACAAGACCUGGGCUGGAGUGUUACAUUCAGUUUCUGGACUCAGUGGCAGAAUAUGAAGUUACUCCAGAUGAAAAACUGGGAGAAAAAGGGAAGGAAAUUAUGACCAAGUACCUCACCCCAAAGUCCCCAGUGUUCAUCGCCCAAGUUGGCCGGGACCUGGUCUCCCAGACGGAGGAGAAGCUCCUUCAGAGGCCCUGCAAAGAGCUCUUCUCCGCCUGUGCACAGUCUGUGCACGACUACCUGAGUGGAGAGCCCUUCCAUGAGUACCUGGACAGCAUGUAUUUUGAUCGCUUCCUCCAGUGGAAGUGGUUGGAAAGGCAACCGGUCACCAAAAACACUUUCAGGCAGUACCGAGUGCUGGGGAAAGGGGGCUUCGGGGAGGUCUGCGCCUGCCAGGUUCGGGCCACGGGUAAAAUGUACGCCUGCAAGCGCUUGGAGAAGAAGAGGAUCAAAAAGAGGAAGGGGGAGUCCAUGGCCCUCAACGAGAAGCAGAUCCUAGAGAAGGUCAACAGCCGGUUUGUGGUCAACCUGGCCUACGCCUACGAGACCAAGGACGCGCUCUGCUUGGUUCUGACCAUCAUGAACGGGGGCGACCUGAAGUUCCACAUCUACAACAUGGGGAACCCCGGCUUCGAGGAGGAGCGAGCCUUGUUCUAUGCAGCAGAGAUCCUGUGCGGCUUGGAAGACCUACACCUCGAGAACACCGUCUACAGAGAUUUGAAGCCCGAAAAUAUCCUGUUAGACGAUUAUGGGCAUAUCAGGAUCUCCGACCUGGGCCUGGCUGUGAAGAUCCCCGAGGGAGACCUGAUCCGCGGCCGGGUGGGCACUGUGGGCUACAUGGCUCCCGAGGUCCUGAACAACCAGAGAUACGGCCUGAGCCCUGACUACUGGGGUCUGGGCUGCCUCAUCUAUGAGAUGAUUGAGGGCCAGUCACCGUUCCGAGGCCGCAAGGAGAAGGUGAAGCGGGAGGAGGUGGACCGCCGGGUCCUGGAGACAGAGGAGGCGUACUCCCACAAGUUCUCCGAGGAGGCCAAGUCCAUCUGCAAAAUGCUACUCACCAAAGACCCAAAGCAGAGGCUGGGCUGCAGGGAGGAGGGGGCCGCAGAGGUCAAGCGACACCCCUUCUUCAGGAACAUGAACUUCAAGCGCUUAGAAGCUGGCAUGUUGGACCCUCCCUUCAUUCCGGACCCGCGGGCCGUGUACUGUAAGGACGUGCUGGACAUCGAGCAGUUCUCCACCGUGAAGGGUGUCAACCUGGACCACACGGACGACGACUUCUACUCCAAGUUCUCCACCGGCUCCGUGCCCAUCCCGUGGCAAAACGAGAUGAUAGAAACAGAGUGCUUCAAGGAGCUGAACGUGUUCGGACCUAACGGUACCCUCUCACCGGACCUGAACAGAAGUCACCCUCCGGAACCACCAAAGAAAGGGCUGCUGCAGAGAAUCUUCAAGCGUCAGCAUCAGAACAAUGCCAAGAGUUCGCCCAAUUCCAAGACCAGUUUUAACCACCACAUAAAUUCAAACCAUGUCAGUUCAAACUCCACCGGAAGCAGCUAGUGGCAGCUUGGCCUUGACAUCCACGUUGGGACCAGCCUAGACCCUUGUCCUUAGAAGCGGAACUAGUGACCCGGGGAGUGUCCACGCUGGCUGGGCAGACGGGGGAGCCCUCCAGGAGCCGGGGACGGAAGGAGGCCGCCCCGCUCGACGCAGAGCCUGCGGGCUCCUCGGAGAUGCCCACUCAGGUCUGUUGGCGGAGGUGGCCCUCAAGCCGGGGUGGACUGGAUCUGUCUCUGUCGAAUAUCGCAAUAGAAAUCCAAUUGGAUACGACAACUUGCACGUAUUUUAAUAGCGUCAUAACUAGAACUGAAUUUUGUCUUUAUUAUUUUUAAAGAAAAGUUUUGUAAAUUUCUCUAUCGUCUCAGUUUACAUUUUGUAUAUUUGUAUUUAAAUGAAAGUCAGACUUCGAGGGUGUAUAUUUUCUGUGCAGCCACUGUUAAGCCAUGUGUUUUCAGACAUUUUAGAGGGGGCGGGGGGAUUUACCAAAAAAAAUAUAUAUAUAUAUAUAUGUGACUCAAGACUUCCACAGCCUCAAAUGAGAAAACGUUUUUAUUAAAUGUAGAAAAUGAUUCACAUUUCACCUUUAAGGAAUUGGUUGUAUCCAUCUCUAUAACCUUUACCUUGCAUUGAUAUCUCCCUUGUGUUGACCUGCAAGAAUUAAAAUUAAGCGCUCGGUGGCACGCUGGGGACUCCACCCAGCUGGGCUUGCGGGGCGCCCCUGCGGGAUGCGCACUCUCCCGGCUGCUCUGCGGCCUCCUCUUCCUCCCGGAAGGCAGCCGCGUGCCAGGCUGGACAUCAUCAGCACAGUGGUCCCUGGGCCUCUUUCUUUCUAAGUAGGUUCUGACUGCUAAAGCCGGUGUGUUUUCAAGAGGCAUGUGUUUGGGGACUUCCGUUUUGUUCGACUUUGAAGAGAAGCAUAGCAGUGGUCAGGAGCAGUCAUAAAGCCCCGAUUGUCCCAAGCCCUCCCGGCCCAUGGGAGCAGGGCCAGCGGGUCGCCCUGAGUGCGGCUGUGGGGUGGGGGGAGCUCACCUGGGGAACUGGGCACAUCCCCUAAGUGUUCACAGGGCCACGGAGGCUCAACAGCUUCCCAGGCCCCAUAGAUUCAUGGGCCCAGGCGGCAGGGACAGAGUUGGCUCUCCAAGCAAAUGGGAUGCCCAAGGGGAGGCCGAGCCACCAAAGCAGCACCAGACAAACUUGCUGUCCCCUCCCGGGAGAGGCGGGCAGAGGCCGGCUCUAACUGAGAUCUCCAGCUGUCAGGCACACGCAGGCCCAGGAGGACUGGGAGGCUUUGCCAGGCCAGGGUCCCUGAGGGCAGCCCCUCGCCAGUGGGGCCCGGCCACCCAGGCCUAGGGAGCCCCUGGUCUCCCCCACUGUCUCCAAAGGGCAACAGGAGCCAGUCGCCCUCACCUCCCCUCUGGGACAGGGUGGGCCCUUGACCUGCCUGCUCCCCAGCCUGGCUGGGCCCCUGAGACCCGCUGGCCUCGUCAGACCUGGUCUCGGCCCCGGGCAGCUGCCAGCCUGCUCCCGGGGAGGCGCUGCACCCGCGUCUCCCUCAACACCUGGAAGUCUGCCUCUCCUAUGAGCUCUCCAGGCCCCCUGACGCUCCGCAGGGGUGAGGACCACCGCCUCAGGCCCCUGGGGGGGGUCUGCGGGUGUGCCCUUCCCAACGCUUCUCCAGGCGGCUUUUAGGGAGGAAGUGGCGAUCUCAUUGGCCUUGUGUCCGACUUCCAGUCUCUAUUUCGGACACCGCUCGUGGCCCUGGGGCCUACUGCUCGGAGGGGCUGGCCUGGGGGCUGAGCAUUUUGAGGCGAUUUGACAAACAAAAGGAAGAGAAGAGACCGUUGGGUUCCCCUCAGACCCCCUGGAUGCUCAGGAGUCCUUUUUCAAGACCAACUCUUGUCUCAAGAGGCUGCUUCCAUGACCCUUCUUGGGCUGAGCACAAGAUAAAUACAAAUGGCUAUAUUCAGUUUUUGCCAAGAUGUGGGAAGCCCUUUGACCAGUAUUUUAAGGCCCCUGAGCUCUGCAUGACCAUCCUUUCUUAAUGACAAGGACGGCCAUCUUCCUGGGACAGUCACCAGCCCAAGCCACACCACUUCCCGUCCAGGAGUUUCGUUUAUUUUACCCAAUUCACAGCACCCCAACCCUUACCGAGGGGACUGACGUAGACAAGCCAGCCUCUCCUUAUACCUCAGAGCCCAGCGCACGUCCACGGUGGUACAAAGGAACCCUCAAGGGGCAAGACAGAAAACAUAAAUCUGCUAAGUGGGUCUCUGCGCAGUGAGAGCUCAGACAGCGCGGGGCUGCCCUUCGCGUCCGCCUGUCCCUGCGAGUGCCCGGAGGACAUGAGGACACAGCCCCUGGCCUUUUCGAUCCGCCUGUUCUUUUUGGCCCAUUGCUUCGCAC